AUGAUCUUUCAGUACGCUCAUCUGCUCAAGGGUUCCAUCCGUCUGGCCAGAUUCCAUCCUGAUAGCACUCCAGCGAGAAUCUCCCUGACUCUCGAGCAUGAGCAGCGUUAUGCAGACCGCAACGUCCAUUUCACCGCUCUUGCAUACGAGCCUCAAGCAUCAGAUGCUGAGAUGAGCGAAAUUUUGCUACAAGGUCGAACAAGGCGGGUUCCUCAGAGACUGUGGCAAGCUCUCAGUGCGCUGGUCGACCAUCAUGAUACAAGCGGACGUUUCUGGAUCGACUAUGUCUGCAUCAAUCAAAACAAUGAGGCGGAAAAACAUGAUCACAAGUCUCGUCUCGCCGAUAUUCAUGCCUCUGCUGAUGAAGUGCUUCUUUGGCUGGGAGUGGAUCAUGAUGUUGCUGGAGCAGAGCCAGACAUGGCGCCGAAUUGCAGUGAUGUGCCGUCGUAUCGAUCGGGGAUAUCAACUGGAUCUCAAACGAUCUCUCCACACAUCAUUGAGCGUCUUCAACUGCAGCAGGCCAAGAAGGUUGUUCUCAUCCAAGGCGAAAUGCUCGCCGAAGUUUGGAGAAAUGAUCCUCACAGCGCGCUGUGA